AUGGGCAAGCCAGGAAAGGGACUCGGCAAGCGCAAGGCGCCCCCCGGCAACUCGAAACCCGCCCCCAAAAAGGCCAAGCCCUCCGCCCCAGCCAAAGAUGGAGAAGAAACGACCCAGCCCAACGGCCGUCCUAAACGCCCGGCCGACCAGCCCAAGAAGGUCAAGCUCCGCGACAAGAAGGUCAUUCCUGUUCCCGAGAGUGCGUAUGCGAGGGAUGGAGAUGAUAGUGAUGAGCUGGAGAACCUGGGGGAGGAGGAGGGGAUGGGAGUGGAAAGUGCAGGAUUUUUGGCGAGUUUGGAUGCUGGUGCGCUCAGUCGAACUGUCAAAGAGACUAAACGACUUCACGAACUUUCCAAAGCGCAAGAGUCAUUACCUCAAGCUCCCAAGAAAAAGUCCAAAACUCCCGUUCGCGAGGCUUAUUCCGACGAGAGCGACGUCUUUGACUCGGACCCCGAAUUCGAUUCCGACUUGCAAUCGUUGGGUGGGUCUGAUGUCGACUUUGGCUCCGACCUAGACCAAGAUGACUGGGAUUCCGGAGAAGAGAUCUCUGAGGAUGACGAUGUGAAUGCUGCGUACGACGACGCCAGCUCGGACGAGGAAGAAGAGGAGAAGAAGGAGCGUCAUCGAAAGAAGAAGGAGACAGAGGCAGACUAUGAAACGCAGGGACGUGCGAGAUGGGCUACUCAAGCUGCGGAAGACGAGGCAGAUGAUGUCGAAGUCGGCAGACUCCCAAUCAAGCUGCCCACUGGUGAAGUCCAGAUGGUCCAGGGUUCCACCCGCAUCGCCAAACCUCCUUCCAAGAAGCCCAAGCCCAAGCCUGAGAGCGAGACAGAAGAGGAGGAGGAAGAGGAAGAAGAUGAGGGCAGCGACGAUGAGGCGCAGGCGCACAGAAUGGCAGGUCUCAAAGGCAAGUUUGGGAGGAUGGGUAUCGCAGAGAUUGUCGGAAAGAAGGGGUGGAAGAAUGUAGAGAGGUUGGAGGCUGCAAAGGAGCAGGUGGCGCAGUUAGGUUCCGAGAUCUUGGCAGGCGGAGAACUUGUGGAUAUCGCUCCUCUCCUGACAAGACUGUCAUCCUUCGGUCUUCCCACCGUUCCUUCCCUAGAGGAAGGUCAACCACCUCUCCCCGUCCCCGCAUCCAUCCGAGGUCUCGUCUUCCUCUCUCAACUCGCCGUCUAUAAGGAUCUUGUUCCUGGCUACAGGAUCCGUGAACUCACAGCCGCCGAAGAGGCUGAAAAGGUGCGAGACGAGGUCAAGAGGCUGAGAGAGGGUGAAAAGAUGCUGGUGAGGAGCUAUAAGGGGUACUUGAAGCAGCUCGAGGCAGAAGUCAAGGGUAAAACCAACCUCGCCACAAUCUGUCUGCGAUGUCUCUCCGACCUCGCCGUCUCCAUCACCCACUUCAACUUUUCCGAAAACAUCAUGGGUGUCCUCGUCGGUCGCCUCGCCCGUAAAUCCUGGGAUUCCGACUCGGACAUCGUCCUCCAAUCUUUCAUCUCCAUCUUCAAAGCCGAUGUCUCUGGUAUCCACGCCCAGACGUUGGUCAGGUUGAUUGCGCGAAUGACGAAAGAACGGCACUAUCAAGUUCAUCCCAAUGUGCUCUUUUGUCUUUUGCACCUCAGAUUGCGAGACGAGCUCGACCAGAUGCGCAGAGGCAAGAAUGCGAGGGGCGGGAACAAGGAGAAGAAGGUGGAUGAGAUCAAGGGAAAGGUGUUCAAGUCGGAGAAGCGAAAGAAGUGGGCGACCAAGGCACAGAAGAAGAAGGAGAAGGAGAUGAAGGAGGUGCAGAAGGAAUUGCAAGAAGCAGAGGCUGAAGUGGACCAGGAAGAGCGAGCCCAGGUUCAGACGGAAACGUUGAAGAAUUUGUUUGUGCUCUACUUUUCCGUCUUGAAGAACCCCAAGCGGACGCCGCUGUUACCGGCCGCCCUCGAAGGUAUCUCCACCUACGCCCACUUUAUCAAUGUCGACUUCUUCCGCGAUUUGCUCGCAGUACUGCGAAAGAUCAUGGCUGAUCAGGCCGUGACCGAGGUGGUCAAAGACAAUGACGACAGUGACGACGAGGCUGCGCAUAUCGACCCCGUCGGCGCGAGUCAGAGAAUCAGGAUCAGGCUGCUGGCCAUUGCCACCGCUUUCGACCUUCUCUCAGGUCAAGGCGAGGCUUUGAACAUCGAUCUCUCUGAUUUCAUCAACCAACUUUUCUCCAUCCUUCGUCCUCUCUGCCUAGACACCGGCAUCGAAGACCCUCCCAUCCUUCCUCCCACAACCAAAUCUUCUUCCAACGCCGUCCACACCCUUUCCACUGCCUCGCUCCUCAUCCGCUGCCUGAACGCAUCCUUCUUCUCCCGUCACUCUCGCUCCCCGCCUUAUCGAUCUGCGGCUUUCGCCAAGCGCCUUACCGAGUGUGCUCUGCAUUUCCCGCCAAAGACCGCCAAGCAAGUGAUUGCUUUCGCGCGAGGGCUGAUAAGUAAGGAGCCCAAAAUUGAGGGUUUGCUGGAUACGGAGGAGAGGAUGGCGGACGGUACUUAUAGGCCGGAGAUUGAUGACCCGCAAUUGACAAACCCGUUCACGACGAGUUGGUGGGAGUCGGGAUUGCUGGGAAGUAAGCAUUGGGAUCGGGAGGUGAGGAUCGAGAUGGGCAAGUUGAGGGACGGAAAGGUGGUGUAG